GGCCGAUACACUAUGGACGGUUGAGUGAGGAAACUUCGCCUGUCAAAAGUACAGAUGCAACAUAAGCUGAACUGAGUCCAAUGAUCAACACCGCGCUUGAACGUGUUCGCACAUCUGUUCGUGCACAAAGCGCUGGGGUGUAAGGAGGUUGACGAUCCGGAGUGAUAACCUGCGUUCGUAGAACUGAACAAGUUUUACAUUGUUUUGGUUCGUAUAAUUAUUGCCAAAAUGUCCGGGAAUCCCACAUUUGUAAGUCCAUUCCACAGACCCCACUGCCUGGCAGCCGCUGCACCAGCAGGAAAAGCUAAACUAACCCACCCUGGCAAGGCUAUUCUGGCAGGUGGUAUUGCUGGAGGAAUAGAGAUCUGUAUUACAUUUCCUACAGAGUAUGUGAAGACUCAGCUACAACUGGAUGAGAAGGCCAACCCUCCCAGAUAUAAAGGCAUUGUGGACUGUGUGAAGCAGACCGUGGACGGUCAUGGGGUCAGGGGCCUUUACAGAGGACUCAGCUCGCUGCUGUACGGCUCCAUACCCAAAGCAGCGGUCAGGUUUGGUGUGUUUGAGUUCCUGAGUAAUAAGAUGCGCGAUGAGAGUGGGAGGCUGGACGGUACGCGAGGCCUGCUCUGUGGCCUCGGGGCCGGGGUGGCUGAGGCUGUGGUGGUGGUCUGCCCAAUGGAGACGGUCAAGGUGAAGUUCAUCCACGACCAGUCGUCGGCAAAGCCGAAGUAUCGGGGAUUCUUUCACGGGGUUAGGGAGAUUGUUAGAACCGAAGGCCUGAGGGGGACUUACCAAGGUCUGACAGCCACGGUACUGAAACAGGGAUCCAACCAGGCCAUCCGCUUUUACGUCAUGACCUCCCUCCGGAACUGGUAUAAAGGUGAUAACCCAAACAAGUCUAUCAACCCUUUGGUCACUGGUGCAUUCGGAGCUAUUGCUGGAGCUGUCAGUGUGUUUGGUAACACUCCUCUCGAUGUCAUCAAAACCAGGAUGCAGGGUCUGGAAGCUCAGAAGUAUAAAAGUACUCUGGACUGUGCUGUGAAGAUCAUGAAGUAUGAGGGACCUAAAGCGUUUUAUAAGGGUACAGUCCCCCGGCUGGGCAGGGUGUGUAUGGACGUAGCCAUCGUCUUCAUCAUCUAUGAGGAGGUGGUGAAGGUCCUCAACAAAUUCUGGAAGACGGACUGAGACAGAGGUUGCUUGACGACCGGUGGGGAACAGAGGGCAGUCAGGAUGGUAGGGCUGGCUCUCUGGAUUCACAACCAAGGCACGGAGACUUCUGCCCAAUCUGUAGGUUCUCCAUGACCAGCUACCUCCUGCAUGACUGGGUGCAUUUCAUUCCACACAGUUGUUCUGUCCCCUGUCUUAGUUUACUUUGGUAGUUGGAAUGAAAUUCAGCCAUGAUAAAUGUAAAUGAUAUGGGGUGUUCAGUGCACUUGGCCCAGGAUUCAAUGGGGUCCGGUUGUGGACGUAUUGUGUAUACUUACUGUGUUCUUCACAUCCACACAGGGGUUCUAGUGGUGGAACGGGGUGGGGGGAGGGAACUAAGGGAACACUGUGUCAUUCCAGAGAAGUGUCUUAGACCAACGGUGCUUCAGUUCACUAAUGGCUAUUAUUAACAUGUUAUUUUCUGUGUUAACUUACUUGACAUAAUCCAAGAUGAAAAAAAUAAUAUUCUGAAACCCAAUAUAAUGUGAUGUAGAUCAUCAGGAAAUACUUGAAAUGAGAGGAUGACAGGGGCUUUGAACGCCUGAUUCUAUAUAUAACAGGUGAACAAGUAAAAUGGGUCUGGUGAAGUCAUUCUGCCCAUUGGUUUUACCCUUGAUAGCAGUACAACAGACAUAUUUGCUCAUUCAUUUGUCAUAUGGGUGUUAUUUUCAAGGUUUAAUGUAGUUCUGAAAUGUUCUCGCUGUUUUACAAACCUGAGUGCAAUUAUAACACAAUGCCUUAUAAAUAAUUAUAUUCCAUGCUAUCUUUAUGGUAGAGAACUACAGUAUAAUAUGUAGUAAGCAGAGGCUUCUGUGUCAAAUCCUUAUGCAGUUAAGAGGAAAAUCUGUCAAUCUGUGAUCUAAACCCUAAUUACUCAUGUCGCAUCUGCAAGAGUUUUAAGAUUGUGUGCUAAAUGGCUAAAAUGUACAAAUCUAAUUAUGAUUUUUGUGACCAUAGAAUUACAAUUCAGUCAGUAAUUACUUGUGAUUUUAAUUGUUUGGUGCUGACCCUAGUGUUGGUGUCGUUCAGAGACAAUAUACUAAAAUCUUCUGCAGAAUGCACCAACUAUCUUUAAGUUGAUUCCAAGAAAACAUUGACCAAGAUUGAGAUUAAGAUAGAUUUCUGUAUACGUCCAUCAAUCUAUUUACAUAACGAUUAUGUACUUUGAAUGUUUCAAAGUGACUGCACAUUUAUUUUAUGAUUGUUUUAGAAAUAUGGUAUGAAACAACAAUGUUUAAUGUUGUAUAUCAUGCUGGGUUAAUUAUUCCUUGAUGACAUACAGUACCAUACAAUGAUACUUAAUCACUGGUUUUAAGGGGAGCAUUUUAUAUAUAGAAUGUAACAGAGCAUUGAGGCCUUGCCGAGAUGUUUUUAUUGGCCAAUAUAAGAGGGACCUAAUCUUACUUGUUGGCAGUAUAGCUUACCAAAUACUAUUCUAAUGCAGCCUUAUUUAAUUUAAUGUGAUGAGGUGUUGCCUGGUAAGGUUCCAUGGUUGCUAUAGAAUAUCUAUACAUGCCAUUGAUGUACAAUUUAUGAGUACAUAUUUUCUUGGUAGUUGUGGGGAUGAUUUCUACUUUGUACAUUUCUGUUUUGCAAAGCCUUAUGGAUGUUUUGCACUGUUUUGGCCUGGCCAUUAGACAAUAUCUUAUGUAAACAUGUUUUAUAGAAACAUGCACACAGUACAUCCAUUGCAGGUUGUACUGCUGAAGAGACACAUUUGUAAAAUUUGCCCUUGGAAUUUUAAAUAUGCCAUGUGUGCAUUAAAGAGUAUACACAAGUAUGUA